AUGUUAGAUGAAAUUCAUAGACAAGAACGUGAAGAGAUGGAAAAGAAACUUCAAGCAAAAGAUGAAGUCAUUGAAGCAAAAGACAAAAACAUUCAGAAAAGAAUACCACGUUCGGUACCAAAAGGAAAGGAAAAGAACUAUAAGUAUAUGAUUUAUACUGAAGAGAUGGAAAAUGAAGAAGACAGAGAUAUGGUUAUGUUGCAUUUAGUCAGAAGAAACAACAAAAGCUUUUACGACCUUGCUAAGAUUUACAAAUCUGACAGAAAUUGGUUCUAUCGCGAAAACUUACCGAUUUCAAUGACCCCAAAUGAAGAUGUGAAACAAAUAGUUCAAGAUACGUUACCUCAAACACACUAUGAUAUGAAAGGUUGUACAAUACUUACAUUCAAAGAAGAUUUGCCAUUGUUAAAGGAAAAAAUAACAGAGUAUUUUGACAACUUCAAACAAGUAGAGUAA